GAACCGGCAUCUGUACUCUUCUCACUGGGAAAUUUGUGGGCACAUGUAACUGGUGGAAGGAGGUUGCAAAGAGGUUUAAAAAGUGGGCAUCCAAUGAAGCCGUUUUACAUGGCCUUCACGUUAUCGAGUAUAAAUCUUUGGAUUUGGGGGAAGAGGAGGGAGACAUGUGCAGUGGAGACUGA